GAAUUUAACAGAAAAAAAUAAGGAAAACCUCAUUCCUUAUAAUUAGAGGUAUUUCUGGAAUUGUAUGUAAUCUCAUGUACAUAAUCCUCUUAUUGAUUUUGGAGAUCAAAUCUCCAGAAGACAAAAUAUCUCCACAUUUUUAAUGAAAUCUUCUUACAUUUUCUGAUGUUGUGAUCAAAUACAAAUACAUGUCUUGGACAUUUGCAGCUCAUAUAUAAAAGCUUUUUUCAGUGUUAUUACCAUGACUGUCUUUCCCUGACCCAGCAUUACAUCAUUCCUUUCAUCCUAUUACAGUAUUUCUGUAAAACAGGUUGCAUUAUGUGUAGUCUUUUUGUUAUUUUUUUCCUUACCUGGAAACAUGGUAUAGUUUUUUCAUACACACUUAUGGCUUUUUUUUUUUUUGUGAAAGAAGAGAACAACUGUUCAUCAGCUUUUGUCUACCGUAAAUGAAUAUGCCAUGUUUUCUAAAUAUAGGCAGAUUUUAAAAGGUACAACACGGUAGCCUUAGCUUCAGGAACAGGGAGUUCUGCUCCUUCAGGAAAACAUCUGUGACAGCUCAGUCCUUCAGAGAGAGGCAAGUUGCUGCUAAUCAGCUAACAAUCAGCAGUUGGCUUCUUUUGGGGAACAUGUUUGCAUACUUGGAUUAAAGCAGAAGUUACAGUGCCAUAUGCAACAUUACACCAGAACAGCAGUGUGUACAUACCCUGUACAUACAGCUUUUCAUGUCUGAGCUCCUACUGAUUUUCACAUUAGCCAUUUCAGUUAGUGCCAAAACCACCACUGAUUACACAGGAUCGUAGUUUGGAUCUGUGUAAUAUAAGAAAUACACAGUUUGCUCUGCUGUUCCGGAGCAGUCAUCAAUCUCAUCUAAUCUCUUAUAAUAGUCUGUAACAGAUGGUUCAACGGGAACAUUGAGACAAUGGCACAGUGGACUGUAUCGAGAUAAACUGAUGAUCAAGGACAUUCUGUCCAACUCUCAACUACGUUUGACGUAUUUUCUAAAACACGAGGUUUUGCAUACCUCUAAAAUACGUUUCAUCCCAUAGAGUGAAGCAGUGAAUGUUCUCAUUAUCAAUACAUCUAUUUUGAAGCCAACUGAGCUUUUCCUUACAUGUGUUUGAUUGCCGUGUAAGGCCCUACAGUGUACUGCAACUGCAGCUUCUGGAACAGCCGAGAUAGGUAUAUAUCCACUUUUCGACCAUCCGUGAAAUGUGAAGCAGCAAAAAAUAAGGCUCAGUGCAAAACUAUGGGACCAGCAAAAGUUGCAGUGCCAACUCCAAACAACUUUCUGCAGAAACAUUCAAAGGAACCCAAGCUACCAGCAAAAAAAAAAGAACAGAAUAGUAAGAAAUUGCCUGCCUUAUCAGUGCCACGGAGGACAGAUCGCCCAGUUAUGGGAAUUCAGAGUAAAAAGAAUUUUAUAAAUACAAAUGCAGUUGCUGCUAUCAAGGGAUUGCCUAAAAAGCCUCAACCUAUUUAUGUUGAUAGAAGACAGGGAGAUAAAUAUCUACUUGAACCUUCAGGACUUGUUCCAAAAUAUAUUAAAAAAAAGGAUUACGGUAUUACACCAAAAUAUGUAACACAGAGAAAUGAAGAAACAAAGAGAGCUCAGGAAGAAUAUGAGGCCAGGAUCUUGGAAGAUCUCAAGAAAAGAGCCAUGAAACGGCUAUCUGAUGAUGAAAGGAGAAGUCUUCUGCAGGGACUGAAAAAGCACUGGGAGGAAGUGUAUCAUGAAUUUCAGGGUCUUCCAGUACAAAUAGACACUGCACCCAAGAAGCUACAUAAGGAAAAGCUGGAAUUACAGAUGAAACAACUGGAGCAUGACAUAGAAGUAAUUGAGAAGCACAAAGUUAUCUACAUUGCAAAUGAGUAAGGAAUGUUUUUCAGAUAUUGCCUCUUUCCUCCUUUUUCUCUAUCCCUACAUCUCCAGGAACCACCCCCUAAAUUCUCAGAAGAAAUUGACACCGCCAACUAUUCAGAAAGACAUAUUCAACGAAUAUAACUAUGUAGCUGCUUAGAAAACUUGUUACAUAUAGCUCUCAUCUGUGUAAUUCACAAAACGUUUUGAAAUUCUUAAUUAAACUUUGAGUAUUAAACCCAUGAA